AUGUCGCAGCAACAGCGCCCUCAGUUCUCUCGUUCUUCUACUGUCUCUACGACCGCGCCCAAGACUCGUGGUCGCCCAGCUCAGCCACGUCCCGCUGCUAGCGUUCGCUCGUCUUCAGUGGCGACAUCGUCGGCUCGCAGCAGCAGUUAUGGGCCCGGCGGCGGUAACUACGGCGGUGCGAGCCCUCUCGAUGCGGUGAUCAACAACAUCGACCGCAUUCGCCUCAAAGACAAGCAGCCCGCGAGCUACACGUACUACGGCUCGCCUCUGCGCUUGGGCGGUGGCGGUGACACGAUCUACACCUACUACGGCCAGCCAUUGCCGCAUUGCCGCGCGAAGAUGGAUGCGGAGCGGUACCAGACCAUCGACAAGGCUAAUGGAUGGGGGCCGUACUCAUCGCAUGGAAGCGGAGGACCGCCGUCGAGCUCGAGGCGCGAUCCUAAUGGGCCGCCUGAGAUCUCGCGGCCUAAGACGCUGGACGCUAUUAGUUGUCGCUUCAUGAAUGUGCGCGAUGUUGGGGCUAUGGCGCCCGGUCAUCUAUCUUUCUUACUAUAG